AGGCACAUGCAGCGUCUUGCAUCAGCCAUCUUGGUGCGUUACUCUGGAACUUCUCGGCGUGCCGGCAUAACGACAACUCCUUGCGGAUCCUCUAGAACACGAGGACAACCCUCAGGACGCACCCCGGCAUCGCUCCCAAGAUUUCGUUGAAUCACAGAUCAAGUCAGUCACGAUGAACGGCAUCGCCAGGAACGCGUUGAGGUUGAAAAACCUGGUCGUUGCGCCGGUUAAGCUCACCAGCCGCGGUGGCAGUAGUGGCGGCAACGUGCGAGCCCUUUUCAGCACCCUCCAGCAGAAGAGCCUCGUGUCGCCCGUCUCCUCUGCAGUGUCGGUCUUUGCCAAGAGCCACAGGCAUCCCUGCGCCUGUGUAUCCUGCAGAUUCAACCACAGUAAGGCUGAGAAGGAACUGGUGGAAUUCUUGGCCGAGGAGAUCGUUGCGGAGAAGAAGGCCCUCAAGCUCAAAACUAUUCCUACCAAGUUGGAGGAAUUCAAAGUGUCUUUGGACGGAGCCGACGUUAAGCUCACCAAGGUCACAGAUACCGAACAAAUCACUAUUGAAUUCAACAUCAACCACACAGUCAGCUCGGAUGAGGAGCCAGAGAUCGAUCCUAAAGAUGACCAGCCAGAUGUGGGGGAGAUGAAGAGUAAACCUAAUUUUGAAAUUAACAUCAAAAGGGGAAACCAGAACUUGGCUUUCUCAUGUAGUUUUAACGAGGAACCAGGUGCUUCGGGAUCCAGCGACGAGUACAAUGACAUCUUUGGAAUUGAUGAAAUCUCACUCUAUGAAGGAGAAGACUCAGAGAAUGCAUACCGAGUGGGGGGUGAAAUCAUUGAUGGGUAUCUUUAUGACCUUUUAAUGAAUUACUUGGAAGAAAAAGGUAUUAGCAAUGAAUUUGCCGAAAAAAUUAUUGAAUUGAGUACAAUUUAUGAACACACAGCGUACGUUGGUUUAUUGGAGGGUCUCUCCAAGUUUACUACUAAAUAAUUUCCUGUUUUAUACAUUGCUUUUCGUACAUAGAAUGUAAAAUCUGUAUUCUUAUCAUUAGAUUUUAAGCGUUGUUAAUAAAAUAUGAAAUCAA